AUGCUAAGGACCGAUGCUUUUCAACCAACUGUAAACGUCGAAGGAUUCUUUUCAACCAACUACUGUUCAAUAUCUAUCUAUCUAUCUAUCUAUCUAUCUAUCUAUCUAUCUCUGUUUGAGACUCUUAUCUAUUUCUAUCAUACUGUUCAUUAUCUAUAUCUAUCUUUUGUCUGUUUGAGACAAAUUAUUCAUUAUCUAUUUGUCUAUCUGUUUGAGACUGUUCAAUAUCUAUCUAUCUAUCUAUCUAUAUCUAUGUUUAUUAUCUAUCUAUCUAUCUAUCUAUCUAUCUAUCUGUUUGAGACUGUUCAUUAUCUAUCUAUUUAUCUAUCUAUAUAUCUGUCUAUGUUUAUUAUCUAUCUAUCUACCUAUCUAUCUAUGUGUGUCUGUUUGAGACUGUUCAAUAUCUAUCUAUCUAUCUAUCUAUCUAUUAGAACUAAAUAUCUCAAAACAAAUAAACAAAAACACGUUAAGUCAUCGAGCACAUUUUCCAACAACGUAAUAACUCAACUUUUUAUAUCUAUCUAUCUAUCUAUCUAUCUAUCUAUCUAUCUAUCUAUCUAUCUAUCUAUGUUGCAAAUUUACGCCAAUCGUGAUGUGCAUUCAACAGACUUGAUAAAGCCAGGCGUGCAUUUUGAUCGUUCAGCUUCCCUAUUUAAGAAGAAGCACAUCUCUGAUUUGAAACCCUCGAAAUCCAUGCCUGUUAACAUUGUUUUCGUCCCCGACACAUGCGUGCAAACAUGGAAGGAGAUACAACAUGAAUUUAUACGUAAAUCUAUUGGAGAAUAUGAAUAA